AUGGAGCAAGGCGCCGACUCCGCGGCGGCCAGGCGGAUGGCCAGGGUCGCCUCCCACCUCCGCCCGCCCACCUCGCAGGAGGAGGAGGAGGUGGCCAUCUUGAAGGGCUCUAAUUGCCGUGCAAAAGGUGCAGCACCAGGGUUCAAGGUUGCAGUCCUGGGUGCAUCUGGUGGGAUCGGCCAGCCCCUCUCGCUGCUUAUGAAGAUGAACCCUCUUGUUUCGGUGCUCCAUUUGUAUGAUGUUGUCAACACACCUGGUGUUACAGCUGACAUUAGCCAUAUGAACACCGGUGCUGUGGUGCGUGGCUUCUUGGGUCAGCCACAAUUGGAAAGUGCUCUUACUGGAAUGGAUCUUGUCAUCAUUCCUGCUGGCAUUCCUCGGAAACCUGGGAUGACAAGGGAUGAUUUGUUCAACAUCAAUGCUGGAAUUGUUCGGACUCUUUGCGGGGGAAUUGCAAAAUGCUGCCCAAAUGCGAUUGUGAAUGUGAUCAGUAACCCUGUAAAUUCCACUGUUCCGAUUGCUGCUGAAGUAUUUAAAAAAGCUGGAACAUAUGAUCCUAAGCGCCUAUUGGGGGUGACAACACUUGAUGUAGUGAGAGCCAAUACCUUUGUGGGAGAGGUUCUUGGACUUGACCCCAGAGAUGUCAAUGUUCCUGUUGUUGGUGGGCAUGCAGGAGUUACAAUAUUACCACUCCUUUCACAGGUGAAUCCUCCCUGUUCGUUUACCUCAGAAGAAAUUAGUUAUCUCACUUCCCGCAUACAGAAUGGUGGGACAGAAGUAGUUGAGGCGAAAGCAGGAGCGGGAUCCGCGACUCUUUCCAUGGCCUACGCAGCAGCCAGGUUCGCGGACGCGUGCCUGAGAGGGCUGCGCGGCGACGCCGGGAUAGUGGAGUGCUCCUACAUAGCCUCUCAGGUGACGGAGCUGGCCUUCUUCGCGUCCAAGGUGCGGCUGGGCCGGGCCGGCGUCGAGGAGGUCCUGCCGCUCGGCCCGCUGAACGAGUUUGAGAGGGCCGGGCUGGAGAAGGCCAAGGGCGAGCUCGCCGAGAGCAUCCGCAAGGGCGUCGCCUUCGCCAACAAGUGA